ACUGAUGAUGUCAUGUGUAUGUUCCCCAUGCAGGGCAGUAACGUGGUGGAGGACCAGGACCUGCUGGAGAUCGGGAUCCUCAACUCAUCCCACAGACAGAGGCUGCUACAGGCCAUACGCCUACUGCCCAGGGUCAGUACUGUGUGUGUGUGGGUGUGUGCGUUUGUGUGUACUACAAAGUAAAAAUGAAUGUAACAUCAUUAGGAUUCUGUGGAGGGGAUAACAUUAGAAGAUGAGCACCAGUCUAAAUGAAAUAUUGAGAAAAUCUGUUUUGCCCUUACUGUGUUAAUUGAAAGAUUGACCCAUUUUGAAUGUUAUAUCGUAUUUGUACAUCUCUGAGCGAUGUUCUAUUGGCGAAUAGCUCAGAUACACAUGAAAACAUGAAAUGACCAUUCAAAAUGGUUGAAUCUUUCCUUUAAUAGCAGUCACACACACACACAACCAAUAUAGCCAAUUAAGUGAGAGAUGUGAAUUAAAUAGGAUGAGGAGAGAGGAUGAAACAGUGGAGGCUCAAAUGACAGAGAGAGCAGGAAAGAGAGAAGAGAUAUUGAGCAUGAGGGAGCAGAGACGGAGAGAGAGAGAGAGAGAGAGUGAGAGUAAGAGAGAGAGAGAGCGCUGAGCAGGUGUGGUACAAUACAGAGAGAGAGAGGAACUCUGGGUAACCAAUCUCCGUAACUUGCAGUCAGCACUUUCCUCCUCUCAUCCCUGCAAAGUUUUCAAACGACAGGUAAAUACUCUCCCUCUUCCUGCCUCUCUCUUCUCCCUCACUGUGUGGAAAAAAAGGAUGCACAUUUUAGGAAAAUGUCACAUGAUAUGCUCACCCCAAAAUCCCAAACUCUUCUUAAAAGUAGGAUACAUUUAAACUCUGUUUUUCACAAUUCCUGACAUUUAAUCCUAGUAAAAAUUCCCUGUCUUAGGUCAGUUAGGAUCACCACUUUAUUUUAAGAAUGUGAAAUGUCAGAAUAAUAGUAGAGAGAAUGAUUUAUUUCAGCUUUUAUUUCUUUCAUCACAUUCCCAGUGGGUCAGAAGUUUACAUACACUCAAUUAGUAUUUGGUAGCAUUGCCUUUAAAUUGUUUAACUUGGGUCAAAUGUUUCGGGUAGCCUUCCACAAGCUUCCCACAAUAAGUUGGGUGAAUUUUGGCCCAUUCCUCCUGACAGAGCUGGUGUAACUGAGUCAGGUUUGUAGGCCUCCUUGCUCACACACGCUUUUUCAGUUCUGCCCACAAAUUUUCUAUAGGAUUGAGGUCAGGGCUUUGUGAUGGCCACUCCAAUACCUUGACUUUGUUGUCCUUAAGCCAUUUUGCCACAACUUUGGAAGUAUGCUUGGGAUCAUUGUCCAUUUGGAAGACCCAUUUGCGACCAAGAUUUAACUUCCUGACUGAUGUCUUGAGAUGUUGCUUCAAUAUAUCCACAUAAUUUUCCUUCCUCAUGAUGCCAUCUAUUUUGUGAAGUGCACCAGUCCCUCCUGCAGCAAAGCGCCCCCACAGCAUGAUGCUGCCACCCCUGUGCGUCACGGUUGGGAUGGUGUUCUUCGGCUUGCAAGCCAUCCCCCUUUUUCCUCCAAACAUAACGAUGGUCAUUAUGGCCAAACAGUUAUAUUUUUGUUUAAUCAGACCAGAGGACAUUUUUCCAAAGAGUACGAUCUUUGUCCCCAUGUGCAGUCUGGGUUUUUUAUGGCGGUUUUGGAGCAGUGGCUUCUUCCUUGCUGAGCGGCCUUUCAGGUUAUGUCGAUAUAGGACUCGUUUCACUGUGGAUAUAGAUACUUUUGUACCUGUUUCCUCCAGCAACUUCACAAGGACCUUUGCUGUUGUUCUGGGAUUGAUUUGCACUUUUCGCACCAAAGUACAUUCAUCUCUAGGAGACAGAACGCGUCUCCUUCCUGAGCGGUAUGACGGCUGCGUGGUCCCAUUAUGUUUAUACUAGCGUACUAUUGUUUGUACAGAUGAAUGUGGUACCUUCAGGCGUUUGGAAAUUGCUCCCAAGGAUGAACCAGACUUGUGGAGGUCUACAAUUUAUUUUCUGAUUUAUUUAGAUUUUCCGAUAAUGUCAAGCAAAGAGGCACUGAGUUUGAAGGUAGGCCUUGAAAUACAUCCACAGGUACACCUCCAAUUGACUAAAAUGAUGUAAAUUAGAAGCUUCUAAAGCGAUGACAUCAUUUUCUGGAAUUUUCCAAGCUGUUUAAAGGCACAGUUAACUUAGUGUAUGUAAACUUCUGACCCACUGGAAUUGUGAUACAGUGAAUUAAAAGUGAAAUAAUCUGUCUGUAAACAAUUGUUGGAAAAAUCACUUUUCAUGCACAAAGUAGAUGUAUAGCCAAAACUAUAGUUUGUUAACAAGAAACUUGUGGAGUGGUUGAAAAACAAGUUUGAAUGACUCCAACCUAAGUGUAUGUAAACUUCCGACUUCAACUGUAUAUCCUCUUCUAUGAGAAAAAGCGGAAUACUCUUCUCCUCUGAAGUCGUGUUGACUGUAUUGCAAAAGAAAGCGCCUAGACAUACUUACUGUGGAAUAUAUAUUCUCAGGUCACAUAGGCCUACACCACACCAAGGACAAAUAGGGAAAAAUAAGAUGCAUUUGCCUAAUCCUAAAUAAACCUUUAGCCCCUGCGCUUCUUGUAGAGCUGAAGGGAUUAGAUAGCUAUUCUGUAAGCAAUAUGGAACUAGCCCUGUCUCUCCCUUUGAAUGGCUAGGUGGGAUUUUCUCUAUAAUGCUUAUCAUGUCCUUGGGUGCUAAGGGUUGAUAUGGAAUUAUAUUACAUGGGUUAUGGAUUAUAUUACAUUUCUAUAUAAAAUGUCUAUAUUAAAUUCAGCAUUUUAUAUGCAGCAAGGCUAUCCUUUCCCUCCCUCCCUCCCUCCAUCUGCCUUUGUCCAGUUUGAGCAUUUGAUGGUGCACUGUAGUUUUUAUGUCAUCUAUAUAUCUGCCAUUUAUUGACAGUCUCUCCUUCCCUCUCCGCUCCCUCCCUCCCUCCCUCUCUGCCUCCCUCCCUCCUUUCCAACCCUAGUUUAAGAGUGUCCUGUAUCAAUGCUCUUCAUAUCAUCCAGUGACAGUCUGUCCCCUCCGCCUUCCCCCUCCAGGUGCGUCCUAUCGGCUAUGACGGUAACAACCCCACGUCAGUGGCUGAGUGGCUGGAGUCUCUGGAGCUGGGAGACUACACCAAGUCCUUCCUCAUCAACGGAUACACCUCCAUGGAACUGGCCAAGAAGAUCUGGGAGAUAGAACUCAUCAAU